UAUAGGACGCGCUAAACCAUAAGAGCCACAAAUCAAGCACACAGGUUUAUGCUAUUUUACCUGCAGAAAUAAUAAAAACAACAACAAUACCUACAACCAGCAAACGGUGGAAUUGUCAACAAAUGAGCUCCUAUUUUGUGAACUCAUUCUGCGGUCGCUAUCCCAAUGGCGCGGACUUCCAGUUACAUAAUUAUGGAGACCAUAGUACGGCAAACGAGCAAUACAGAGACUCAACAGCCAUGCAUUCCAGCAGGUACGGCUAUGGUUACAACGGGAUGGACUUAACCGUCGGACGGGCCGAUACCGGACACUUUGUGGGCAGCGAGCGCACGCCGGGCUACUCCCCCAGUCCUUCAGCGGCGACAACGCCCUCGGUGGAGCCGGUCAGGUACAGCCAGUCCGCCAACAACACCGGGACUUCUUCUCUAUCGCCUCCACCUGACCCUCUACCCUGUUCGUCAGUCGCCAGCUCGUCCCCGGUCACCGAGUCUCAGCCUCAACACCGAGCCGUGAAAAACUCCAUAACGACCCCGUGCUCAACCCCGUGCUCGAGCUCUAACGGGGGCACGCUGCUUCUCAACCGGGACUGUGUGUCCAAAUCUUCCCCCCUGGAGGACGAGAAGCCUGCGGGAAGCGCACCGACAACUCCACAAAACGUUACCGACUCGUCACAGCCUCAGAUUUACCCGUGGAUGAGAAAGCUCCACAUAAGUCAUGAGUUGUCAGGACCAGAGGGAAAAAGAGCCAGGACUGCUUACACCCGGUACCAGACCUUGGAGUUGGAGAAGGAGUUUCACUUCAACCGGUACCUGACCCGCAGACGGAGGAUCGAGAUCGCCCAUGCCCUCUGCCUCUCAGAGAGACAGAUCAAAAUCUGGUUUCAGAACCGCAGGAUGAAAUGGAAGAAAGACAACAAGCUGAAGAGCAUGAGCAUGGCGGCAGCAGGCGGAGGAGUCUACAGGCCCUGAUACUCACCCUUCCACCCCUGACAACAACGAGCACUAUGAAAAUAAAACACAGAUUGUCAUAUCAACGUCUCCUUCUGUUGCAAACGAGACUCGUUCCCGGGCUGUGCGUGGGACAGGGGACACCCCACACACAGCCCAUAUUGUAUGCCCAACAACUGUCCCCUUAUAUUCCUUAAUAAUAUUAUUUCCUUUUUAUUUCUACCGUGUUAAUGCUUAUGUGAGUAAAAAAAAUGCAUCAUGUACAGUUCUGUCUAGAUUUAGAGGAAAAAGAAACAGAGGAAAAUAAAUGUUUGUUUAAAUUAUUUCUUGUUCAGACGAAAAAAAUAAAACGUCAAAGCUUGAAAUGCUACCUACCGCAAAUAAACCAGUAAAAGUUGUGUGAUGCACUCAGAACAAUAACAGUCUAAUAAAAAUAGGGGGGGUUGAGGUCGAGCUGCCUUUGUGUUUUGCCUUCGUUUUCUAUGUAUGUACUGUAAAUGUAUGUAUUUAUUUGUUUGUUGUAUUGUACCAACUUGUCAGAUACUUGCUUCCAAAAGUAGAACCAGCAGAGUAAAAAGCCUUGUGUGGUCAUUGUGUGCGUUUGUGAACACAUGUAUGGGCAGAGGUGCCGACUCAGUCUUGUAUGUACAGUAGCUGUGCCUUGUAUCUUUGUUUUUGCAGGAGCUGCUGUUGGCGCAACAUCUUAGUAAAAACGUGUUUUGUCUUUUUGUUUUCUCUAGCUGUUCUGUUCUAUGUGGAAGGUCCCACAGUAAAUCUCAUUGCCUAUGUGUAUAACUUCAUCGUGAUAAGCUUUUUGUAAAUGUUUUUUCAAAGACUGGAAGUCAAGAAUAUACUAUAAUAAUAAUAUUGAUGAUGACGAUGAUGAUGGCCAUUAUAAUAAACUUUCUACUGG